GCCGAGUGUUUCGUUAGUGGGAUAGUGGUUCAUUUGGAGAACGACAAUAUUUUUCUGUCGUUUUCAAGUAAAUCACCUUUUGCUUAGAUUAUCGAUAAUGAUCACCACCUUCCUCAACAUAGUCUCAAACAAAUUAAUGACAAAUGGGUUUGGGUAAAGCUUUUUUGUGAACAAAAUAGUGGAUAUAUAUGUAGGAAAAAAUAAAAAGGUUUAUAUACAUGUGUAAUUCUUGUGACGCCACGACAUGUCCACCUGUUAACCUCUCCAGCACCGGAGUCCGCCACCUAGCUCCUCCACCCCAUCUCUCUCAUGAUAUAUAUCCAUGGCAAGAACCUGAUUAAAGUAGCUACGAUAAGAAAUAGCAAUCAAAAGCAAUGGCUGACAUGAGAGGAAGCGGUGUCAUCUGUAAUGAGAGUUGCGGCUGUCCUUCGCCUUGCCCCGGCGGUGUUGCAUGCAGGUGCAAGAGUGGUGGCAUGCAGAGCAGCGGCGGUGGGGAGGAGGAGCACAAGAAAUGUUCCUGCGGCGAGCACUGCGGAUGCAACCCUUGCAGCUGCUCCAAAGAGUCGGCCUCCGGUGGCACAGGAAAGGCUUUUUGCAAGUGUGCUGAUGGUUGCACCUGCGUCACUUGUUCAUCUUGAAGAUGGAAAGAUCACCUCAGAAAUAUUGCACCGCCUCAUAAUCAACACCAACACAUCUCGAGAAAAAGAGCAGCCAGUGUGGUCUGAUUCGUCAACACCCACGCAACACAAUGGACAAGAGGAGUCGUCAAUUGAAACACCCCUACCCAAGAGGGAUUUUGUUGUGAGGAUUCUGCCAAUACAAGCCCUCCAAAUGAAGCAAUUAACCUUCAGAGGAACAAGAUACACCCAAAUCAUGCCAUUAUUCAACGACACGGUAAAAAAGGAGUCGAUAAGCGACCUCAAAUCAUACACCGAUUUCCAAGAGUCUUCCUGA